ACAUUUUCUAUGCUUUUAUCGCUUCACACACGUUCCCGACACUAUUAAUCCAUUUUUUUUUUCUCGUUGAUAUAAACAAUCUUGAACGUCUGAAUAUCCCAAAUUAACACAAAUUCCAACACUCACAAAACUAAAAAGGAAAAGGAAAGGAAUCUCCUCUUUUUUAUAAAUAAAUCUAAGAUCUCACUACAAACCCAUCUUUUUCUGCGAAUCUCGAGCGCUUCAGUGGUGGUGGUGUCCAUGGCGAUUGCAGCAGCCGCUGUCAUCGUCCCACUGGGCCUUCUCUUCUUCAUCUCUGGCCUCGUUGUCAAUCUCAUACAGGCAGUAUGUUUUGUUCUCAUCCGGCCACUCUCCAAGAGCAAUUAUAGAAAAAUCAAUAAGGUGGUGGCAGAGUUGUUGUGGCUGGAACUAAUAUGGCUUGUUGAUUGGUGGGCGGGAGUUAAGAUUAAGGUGUUUGCAGAUCAUGAAAGCUUCAAUUUAAUGGGUAAGGAACAUGCCCUUGUCAUAGCCAAUCACAGAAGUGAUAUUGAUUGGUUAGUUGGAUGGGUUUUGGCUCAGCGAUCAGGUUGUCUUGGCAAUUCAUUAGGUAUAAUGAAGAAAUCAUCAAAAUUCCUUCCGGUCAUAGGUUGGUCAAUGUGGUUUUCUGAGUAUCUAUUUUUGGAACGGAGCUGGGCCAAGGAUGAAAACACGUUAAAGGCAAGUCUUCAACGUUUAAAGGACUUCCCUCAGCCCUUUUGGCUGGCGCUUUUUGUAGAAGGAACUCGCUUUACAGAAGCAAAGCUUCUAGCAGCUCAAAAAUAUGCAACCUCACAAGGAUUGCCUAUACCUAGAAAUGUUUUAAUUCCUCGAACAAAGGGUUUUGUUUCAGCUGUAAGUCAUAUGCGUUCUUUUGUCCCAGCCAUUUAUGAUAUGACAGUGGCUAUUCCAAAAAGCUCACCUUCACCUACAAUGCUUAGACUUUUCAAGGGGCAAUCUUCUGUGGUGCAACUACACAUCAAGCGGCAUCUCAUGAAGGAACUUCCUGAAACGGAUGAGGCUGUUGCACAAUGGUGUAAAGAUCUGUUUGUGGAGAAGGACAAUUUGUUGGACAAACAUAUUGCUGGGGACACUUUCAGUGACCAACCAUCACAGGAUAUCGGUCGGCCGAUUAAGUCUCUUCUGGUUGUUACUUCUUGGGCAUGCCUUGUGGCUUAUGGAGCUCUCAAGUUUCUGCAAUGGUCUUCCCUUUUAUCCUCAUGGAAAGGGAUUGCAUUGUCAGCAUUUGUCUUGGCCAUCGUUACCAUCCUCAUGCACAUCUUGAUUCUCUUCACUCAGUCAGAGCGCUCAACACCUGCCAAGGUUGCACCAGUGAAGCCCAAGAAUGACAGGGAGACUUCAGAGGCAAAACGGGACAAACAGCUGUAGAUUAAAGCUUCCUCCCAAGAUAUCCAUUCCGCUGGAACCUCAUCUGCAGUCAUAUUUUCAUAAACUUAGUGUCUGUAUCACUUUCACUUACAUGAAUACAUCAGAGUCUGUUUCCAUUUUAGACUUGUUUCAAAUCAGGUCUUUUGGUCACCAGAUGACACAAUUUUGCAUAUAUUGUCAAUUCUUUGUUUUUUCUGGUAAAUUAGGGUAAUUUUGUAUAGACAGUUAAAAUGGCUGUAGCAGCAAUGCUUUACAUUAUUAGGCAUCCAUCUCUUUCGCUGAUACAGAAGCUUUUGGGUUGUUGAAAUGUUUUUAAAACUAUAUUCUCAUGCCUUAUUUCACUGAGCUUUCGUUCAUUGUUCCUGAAAUCCAUGCUUACUGCUGGCUGAAACAAUUUUUUGAAUUUCAAAUUCACACUUUAUAUUUCUAUCUAUUUGCAGAAAAGGUCAUAAGUCAGACACAAAGCUGGGUGUUUUGAACUUGCAGUGCUUCCACUUCAUCCAACAGUUAAUCCUUUUUAUUAAAAAAAUAUUUUCUAUUAUUAA